UGUUCAACUCCUGACUCCGGCGGAAGCGUGGGAGCCGCGCGGGCCGCCGUCCUCUCCACCCCCGGUCGCCGCCCCUGCCCUCGGCUCGCGGGGCCCCGGCGCCCCGGCUGCUGCUCGCGUCCGGCCGGGAGCCAGAGUUUGUGGAAGUAUAAUACUUUGUCAUUAUGCGAUGUCGUCUCUCGGUACCUCCUUUGUGCAAAUUAAAUUUGAUGACUUGCAGUUUUUUGAAAACUGCGGCGGAGGAAGUUUCGGGAGUGUUUAUCGAGCCAAAUGGAUAUCACAGGACAAGGAGGUGGCUGUGAAGAAGCUACUCAAAAUAGAGAAAGAGGCAGAAAUACUCAGUGUCCUCAGUCACAGAAACAUCAUCCAGUUUUAUGGAGUAGUUCUUGAACCUCCCAACUAUGGAAUCGUCACAGAAUAUGCUUCCCUGGGAUCACUGUAUGAUUACAUUAACAGCAACAGAAGUGAAGAGAUGGACAUGGAACACAUUAUGACCUGGGCCACCGAUGUAGCCAAAGGAAUGCACUAUUUACAUAUGGAAGCUCCUGUCAAGGUGAUUCACAGAGAUCUCAAAUCAAGAAACGUUGUUAUAGCUGCUGAUGGGGUAUUGAAGAUCUGCGAUUUCGGUGCCUCUCGGUUCCAUAACCAUACAACACACAUGUCCUUGGUUGGAACUUUCCCGUGGAUGGCUCCAGAAGUUAUCCAAAGUCUUCCUGUUUCUGAAACAUGUGACACGUAUUCCUAUGGUGUGGUUCUCUGGGAGAUGCUAACAAGGGAGGUCCCCUUUAAAGGUUUGGAAGGAUUACAAGUAGCUUGGCUUGUAGUGGAAAAAAACGAGAGAUUAACCAUUCCGAGCAGUUGCCCCAGAAGCUUUGCUGAACUGUUACGUCAGUGUUGGGAAGCCGAUGCCAAGAAACGGCCGUCUUUCAAGCAGAUCAUUUCAAUUCUGGAGUCCAUGUCAAAUGACACUGACCUUCCCGACCAGUGUAACUCGUUCCUGCACAACAAGGCGGAGUGGAGGUGUGAAAUUGAAGCAACUCUUGAGAGGCUGAAGAAACUAGAACGUGACCUCAGCUUUAAAGAGCAGGAGCUCAAAGAACGAGAAAGACGUCUGAAGAUGUGGGAGCAAAAACUAACGGAGCAGUCCAACACCCCGCUUCUCUUGCCUCUUGCUGCAAGAAUGUCUGAGGAGUCUUACUUUGAAUCUAAGACAGAGGAGUCAAACAGUGCAGAGAUGUCAUGUCAGAUCACAGCAACAAGUAACGGGGAGGGCCAUGGCAUGAACCAAAGCCUGCAGGCCAUGAUGCUGAUGGGCUUUGGGGAUAUCUUCUCAAUGAACAAAGCAGGAGCUGUGCUGCAUUCUGGGAUGCAGAUAAACAUGCAAGCCAAGCAGAAUUCUUCUAAAACCACAUCUAAGAGAAAGGGGAAGAAGGUCAACAUGGCCCUGGGGUUCAGUGAGUUUGACUUGUCAGAAGGUGACGAUGAUGAUGAUGAUGAUGAUGGUGAUGAGGAGGAUAAUGACAUGGAUAAUAGUGAAUGAAAGCAGAAAGCGAAGUAAUAAAAUUGAAAAUGUUUGGAAAAAGAAAAUAAACUUGUUAUCUCAGUCUGUACAAAAGCCAGGAAGGAGGUAGAAAACCAAGAAUUUGUAGGCCAAUUGCAUUUCUAUAACAGUCAUUUCUUUAUUGAUUUUACUUUUGAUUUGUUUUUGCUUAUAGAAACAUGGGGGUGGGGGAAAUCAAGCCAAAAAGGCAUAUGAAUCAGCAAAUGUGGUGCCUGAUUAUAGAAACUUGUGAUUCCAUAUACAAUAUAGGAUUUUUAACUAAUGACAUUCUGGCUUUUUUUAAUUUAAUGAAUACUUUACAGCUUGUAUUUUAUUUUAUUUUAUUUCGUUUAUUCAGUUGCCUAGGAAAACUUACGUUUUGAACAAGCACUCUUAACUCCUAAUCUUUUUUGACACUUCAUUUCUUGUAACAUACUACUUUUUUUUUUCUUAAGGCGAUACACUGUCCUGUCAGAAAUAAUUGGCAGUGACUACAAAAAUCCAACAAUAAAAAAAUUGAAAUGAAAGGUUUAACAAAUACUUCCUCAGAAAUACCUAUAUGCCGAGAACUUUCAAUACUUAAUAGCACAACUAGUCCAAGUGAGACCUGAGAGAUGUUCUCCAUAGUACAUUCGAAGGAGAAAUACUCUCUUCUGAAAACAGCAGCAGAUGUCACAGGCUUUCAAACCAGUGCUAGCCCUGGAAGCUUCUGAACAACUGUCAUCUAAGGCUCACCUUCUCCUGUGUGCAGACAGGGAUAUGGUCUUAGAGGGACCCUUGCAGGCAGUGUGUUGACACAGGUCUGCCCUGCAGUGCUGGUAAGGGCGUAUGCGUGUUUGUUUUCCAGAGGGGCCUGAUAAUCUUGGAUCCUAAAUAUAUGUAUAGAUUUUUUAAAGAAGGAAAUAAAUAUUAUAAAAGGAAUGGCAAAGAUAUGUCCUCACUACUUUGGCAAAAGUGCAAAAGGAAGGGUUCUUCUUAAUAUCAGAUGGAGCCUUCCGGGGCUGUCUGUUUUAAACCCUAAGUGAUGCUGGAGUUAAAGAGAAGUAGAUGCAGGCGCAGCUGUAAAAACCUGGAGAUCAUCUCUGAAUGUUACCACCUAUUUGUUAAAGCUUUUUUAAACUAUAAAACACUGGUUAUUUAAAAAAAAACACAAAAACUACAGAACAUUUAUAGUUAUAUUUUUUUUAAAAGGCAAAAGAACAAAGACUUUUUUUCCAGCCUUAAUUAGAGAGCAGAACUGUUCAUUUGACUAUUAAAUCAAAGCACUUUUGGUGAUUCUUUUUAUGGAAGACUUAAGAAAGGAUAUCAUCAUAGAUACUAUCUAAUCCUAUUUCCAAGUAUAUUUGAUCAUAAAAAGCCUCUUGGAAUUUGAAGCAUGGCGUGCUUCUAAUCCCCAUUAAAAACUGAAAAAUACCACAAAAUGAUCAGUACACUAUUCCAGCUUUGUUUGGAGAAAAAUAACGAAUAAAAUGUUCUGCGUGCAAGAUGUAGAACAGCCUAUAUAAGUAGAGUGAUAAAGAGAGGGAUAUGAAGUCAGGUCAUGAUUCAAAGCCCUGCGUCCACUUGCUGUACAAUCUUGGGCAAAUUAUUUAACCUCUGUGUGUCUGUUUGCUCAUCUCUAACAUGGGAAUGAUAAUAGGAUUUAUUUUAAAGAAUUUUUGUGAGGAUUGUUAUUAUUAUUAUUAUUAUUAUUAAAUAAUACAUGUAAAGCACUUAAGUAACCAGGCCCAUGGUAAAUGGACAGUUAAUGUUAGCUGCUGUAAUUAUUCCAGUGAAAAGACAAUAAAAAAUAAAUGGUUUCAGUAACCUUCUGGAAAACUAUCGACUUUAAGUGAUAUUUAUUUAGUAUGAAAUGAAAUUAAAUAUUGAUUGCUUUCCGGAAAGAGUGUGAGCUAUAGGUUAAUCCUGUUGCUCUUUGAAGCUACCACCCACAGACUAGGUAAAUACAGAAAGAAUAGGUAAGCUUUCACCUGGAAAGGGGGUUCCCACAUACCCAUUCUGAUACACGCACACCACAAUAGAGUGCUGGUGACUAAUGGGCACACACUUCAACAAGCAUCCUGUCUGCUCCCUGACUCAAGCCAAGCCGCUCAAGCAGAAAGUCUUGGAGUGGAGCAGAAGGGACGGUUUUCAACUCUUGACUUCCCAGCCUGCCCUCGGACACUGUGGCUUAGCAACCUGAAGGAGAGAGCCAAAGACGGUCGUUUAAAAGCCUCUUGCACGUUUUACCAGGCAAAGAUAGCCAUUCAUCCACAGAUACUCACUGAGCCCCUUCUCUGCGCCAGGUGCUCUUCUAGGGAGCAGCUAGACAAAAAAAUCUUUGCACGUGUGGAGCCUACGUGCUAGAGAGCAGAGAGCAGCAAUAAACAACACUAAUACACCGUAUAGAAUGGGAAUGUUUGCUAAGUGCGUGCUGCAAAAUGAACAGGGAAUGAAGAUAAGGCCCAUGGGGAGUGUUGAGGUUUUUUCAUGUCUGGUCAGGAAAGGCCUCGCUGACAAGGGACUCUCGAUGGGCUAAAUUUGGGAUCUGUGCACUUGAUGGAAGAAUGUAAACCUUGCCCCUUAUUUAGGAAUAAUCAGCAAUAAAUUUAGAACAGACGAACUUAAUGAAACUGACUUUUUUGGCUUUACAUGUAAAUCUAUUAUGAUUACACACAAAGUUUUGCUGCAUUAGUAAAAACAGCCAAGUGGGGCCAAACGAGAAGGUAAUAGGACUCCAUACCAGACCUCGAUUUACCGUUAAUUAGGUAAUAUCCGUUACUCUUUCACCUGCUGCCAUUUCCCACCAAUAUUCCAAAGAUGGUCAUAACUCAGUCCUCUGCCAUCAAGAAACGGCAAGGACUCGGGAUCCAGCAGGUUGAGCCCCUCAGGAUCAAGCUUGAAACUGUUCCCUCCCCCCCCCCCCGAGAAUUAGGCUGCAGGUAGUGACCAUAUGGCACUGGCUAUUCUACAUUCUGUCCCAAAGCAACAUCUUCCUAGGGUUUCCAACAUUCCGGAAACCCCAAUCAUAUAAGCGGAAUUUUAAAGUAGUCUCACUCUGUGAAGAUGAGAAAACUUUAGACUCUAUUAUUCGUUUCAUUAAUUUUAUAAAGCCAUAUGGAGAAAACCUAAUGUUAAUUGUGCAGCUUCUAAUUAAUACACUUUUCAGAUCAGUUUUUGAAAUGGCAAGUUAUUGGUGUUUGCUCUAUUUCCAAUUAUUUGACUUACAAAAAUGUACAUUUGUAAGAGAAAGAAACAUAAGUUUGAAGAUUCAAAAUAAGAAUUGAAACUCUGAAUUGUAGUAUAAUUGUUGGAGCCAUACAACUGAGAGCAUAUUACUCUUUCAUCUUUUCCCCUUUACUCAUAAAGUUGAUCCUGUAGAAUUUGAUGACACCUACUAGUGGUUCUCAGCCGAGGUAGUGCUGUCAUCUGAGGGUGAUCGGGAGUGCUGGGUGUCAUGUGACUGAGGGCAUAUAUAGUGCCCAGUGCCACAAAUGGUAACAUCCCGAAUGCCCGGGACAGUUACACCCAGUAGAUAAUUCCAUCGUCCCUUCCUCCACUGAGAAACUUGCUAAACCUGGCAGUUUUAGAGUUCCAUGUCUAAUCGUUUUACCUCAAACAAAAUCACCUGAGUCAAAAGAUGCAUUUUUCAGAAUUUCAGCUGCACAAUCUGAAUUUUGUAGGUUUGUGGCAUUUAUCUUCAAUCUCCACUUGUGGGAAUGGGUUCUUUCCCCAUAAGAAUGCUGGUGGAAACCUUAUGAAACAGCUAGGUUUACUCUCCUGUUACCCCAACGCCACAAUAACUAGAGGAAAACAUCACUGAGGUAGCUACAGCUCUGCAAAGUGGCCGGCUUCAUUUAAAAGGGCCCUUUUCCCUCCAAUCACAAUGUCAUAUUUUACGUAAGUAACCAGUGGCAAGAGGUUGCAGGCGCGUGGCCCUCUUGUUUUCGAAGCUGUCGAACUGUUGAAGGCUGGGUUUGGCCAGCGAUCUUUAACAUGCAGCAGAUUAGUUAGACUUUAACACCAGCUGAAGCAUGCCAUCUUGAACCCCAUUAAAAUCAAGGAAUUGCAGGUGGGAGAAGGUUGGGAGAGAUCCAGAAGGACUUCUGGAGCACUAGGAUUACUUUCUGAGUUUUCAUUGGAGUGGUAGGAAUUUCGUGAAAGGUCACUUUAAAACUUAUUCUGAGUUAAAUACUGAUACUCUCAAUUGUUGUGAUACACUAACCUUGCUGCAGCCUUUUGAAAUUAGCAGUCUCACCAAACCACGUAUGUAACAGAGCAGACAUGUUUCUAUAAUCAGGUGCCUUUUACUGAUUUUGAGUAAGACUGGUUUCCUGCUUAGAUGUUCAGUGCUUGGACUGGGGCAUAGCCUGGCGGCUCUAGAUGCAGCAUUUCUGUGAUGACAAUGAGUGUCUACCAGGAAAUCUGAAGGACUAGCCAUGUUUCCUCUGAUUCCAACUUAUUUGCAUUCUAUUGCCUGUGAGGAGCUUUCUGGCAUGUGAUUAUUUACUUCAAAGUAGAGUUUCAAGCACCUACAUUAAUUAUUUUACAUCGUGUGCAGAAUAAUAUAUCGUUUCAUGUCAGAUACAAUACACUGCACAUAUUGCUUUUACACUGUUUUAAAAUUUUGUACUAAAUAAUAGAAAAUAUUUAUAUUCUUUGAGUGUGAGCUUUGAAUAGAUGGCAUUAUCACUUUACUGUUUUGGGGGUUUGUUUUUGUUUGUUUUUUUAACCAUUUUUUUUUCUCAAUUAUUCUACUGCAAUGUUAUUCUGAGGAAGUCCUAUGCCAAAAUCUUAUGUAAUGUUUGUAUGGAAGAUUAAAUUUUACUCUUGUGUGGUAAGACUACUCAGUUGUUGACUUCAUCGUUGGAAUUUGAUAUUCCGGCACAAAGUCCACAAUGUAUUCAGAAAUCCAAGCUGGUGUCGUAAAUUUCAUUUUGAUGUGAACUCUGCUUUCCUUUGUUCUAAGACUCCAUUUUACAAUAAACGUUUUGACAGUAAA